UUGAUCCCGCAUCUCUUCAAUCCACUAUCCAUCACCAUGUCUACCGAGCAGACCUUCAUUGCCAUCAAGCCCGACGGUGUCCAGCGUGGACUCGUUGGCCCCAUCCUCUCCCGCUUCGAGAACCGUGGCUUCAAGCUCGUUGCCCUGAAGCUCUGCUCUCCCUCCAAGGAGCACCUCGAGAAGCACUACGCUGAUCUCUCCUCCAAGCCCUUCUUCCCCGGCCUUGUCUCCUACAUGCUGAGCGGCCCCAUCGUCGCCAUGGUCUGGGAGGGCCGUGAGGUCGUCAAGACCGGCCGUACCAUCCUCGGUGCCACCAACCCCCUCGCCUCCGCCCCCGGCACCAUCCGUGGUGACUACGCCAUUGACGUCGGCCGCAACGUCUGCCACGGCUCCGACAGCGUCGAGAGCGCCCAGAAGGAGAUUGCCCUCUGGUUCCAGCCCUCCGAGCUCCAGCAGUACGCCCAGAGCCAGGCUAACUGGAUCUACGAGAAGGCCUAAAUUUCUCCUUUCGAUCUUCCCUCGCAGGAGCUGCGUCCCCAUUGCCGUGUGUAAUGUAGGAGGCAGCGGAUGAUACUAUAUCAGUCAAGACGUCAUGAGAAAUAAUAUAAAACAUUUGUACAGAC